AAAAAGUUAUUGAGCCAUUUUUUGCUAAUAUAACAAGUUUAUGGAUCCUUUUCUAAAAAUAUAAGAAUAUAUAAAAAGUUUAUUGAGCCAUCUUUUCGUCGUUCGUCUUGUGGUUUGGCCACUACAACGAGUUUGUGGUGUGGCGGACCUUCAUUUCUCAGUCCCUCCGCCUUUAUUUUUUUCAGCUCCGGUGGUGGUUUGUUUGGAUUCCGACAGGCAUUUUUGUGGAGGCAAGUCACAGGACCGUUUGGUUUUCAUGGUUUGUUCGUGGCAGUUAGUGGCGUCGUGGGUUUUUGUUCAUGGUGGUCAACGUCACUCCUCCAUUGGUGGGCAGUUGAGGGUGGCAGCUUCUCCAGUCAUGGUUAUGGCUAUCCCGUAUCCAUUUGCCUUUGUCCCUUUUGCAUCGUCUCUGUUUUUUGAGUGCUUCGGUAAGCCUCAGAUAAUUCGGCUCGUGGCAACGAGGAUGAAAACUCUAGUUCUUUGGUAUUGUGGCAACCACGCAAAUUUCCGAGUUUCGCGAGCUUGGAAUCAGUGUUUCUUCCCGCAACUUGCCCUUGAGCACUCAUUUUGUGAUCCCUAACAUUUUGAGUAGUAAUAUUGUUUUUAAUCUUUUUGUAGCUGCUUUUAUCCGCUACUCGUUUUUGUUGUAACUUAUGUCACAAAUUUAAAAAUUUGAUAUAAAACUUAACCUUUU